GCCUCUUUUCCAGCAUGUACCACUUCCUGUGGUUGAAGGGCAACUUCGUAUGUCCAUAACAUAACCUAGUUGGCUUGCAAAAUGAGCUUAACAAAUGUCUAUUACUUCGCUAUAAGUUUUCACUAGACAACGGCUGUCAUGGCUACGUCCUCUGUCCAUGUCUCUCUGUGUCUCUCUGUGUCUCCCAGCAUAGGUCAACGCUUCUUCUCCGUCUGACCCACCAGGCUUUGGCCCACCGCAGAGGGCUAUGUCUAGUAAGAAGACUAUCCACUCGACUUCUCCUCAACACACAACCUCACGCACCCUCUCUGCCAUGCGGUGGCCGCAACACCCCCUUCCUGCAUCACAGCCCCCAGGGUCUGUCUUCACCCUCAGCCCACGUCCUCCUCGCCAAAUGCUCAGACCUGUCGAGUCAAAAGUACACCCUCAUCUACUCACUACCCCACAUCAUGCUGCUCAGAGCGGUAUCCAGACUGAAACUGCUCCAGACAGGCAUCACAGUGGUCUUACUUCCCCCUGUCUACUACAUGUAUCUGCAAGGAGACGCGUCGGACCUCCUAGUCGUCUACACCACCGGAAUAGCGCUCUUUGCCGGUACAAUGCUGUACACCGCGAGUCACUUCUUCCGACGCGUCGUGGGGAUGAUGUACGUGGAUUCGGCGCAGACAACGCUCAGGGUAUCUCACUUGACUUUUUGGGGCAAACGGACUGACGUUUACAUGCCGGUGUCGGAUGUGAUGACCGUGGGAGAUGCGGGGGAUUCAAUCGGUGAACCUAUACUGAAACUGAAACGCUAUAGUCGUGCUGAUACACUUUAUUUCUCUACCCGCUUCGGACGAGUGGUAGACCGGCAUAUCUUUGAAAAAGUGUUUGGAACCCUUACUUGAUACUGCAGGGUGUGUGAAUACAAUUCUGCACAAGGAAUUAUGUAUAUUAAAAUUAAAAUGAAUAAUUGUUGUGCUUUGUCAGUUAAAUAG